AUGCGCCCCACUCCUCCUUCCUGGCUCAAGCUCCUCGUGCCCGUCAAGCGCACCGUCGACUAUGCGGUCAAAAUCCGCGUAGGGCCGAAGGGCGUUGAGACGAAGGGUGUCAAGCACUCGAUGAACCCGUUUGACGAGAUUGCCGUCGAGGAGGCCGUCCGGUUGCGCGAGAAGGCAAAGGACGCCAUCGAGAAGAUCACGGUCGUGAGCAUCGGUCCUGCCAAGGCGUCCGAGGUCUUGCGUACCGCGCUCGCGAUGGGCGCCGACGACGCGAUUCACGUCGAGACGGCCGAGGACCAGGUCGUCGAGCCUCUCGCGGUCGCCAAGGCGCUCAAGGAGCUCGUCGGCACCGAGUCGCCCGACCUCGUCAUCAUGGGCAAGCAGGCUAUCGACGAUGACUCGAGCCAGGUCGGUGGAAUGCUCGCGGGCAUGCUUGGAUGGCCGCAGGCCAACUUUGCGAGCAAGGUCGACCUCGACGCGGCUGGGAAGCAGGUCACCGUCUCGCGCGAGAUUGAUGGAGGUCUCGAGACGCUCAAGAUGCAGCUCCCGGCGAUCGUCACGACCGACUUGCGCCUGAACCAGCCUCGCUACGCCAGCUUGCCCAACAUCAUGAAGGCCAAGAAGAAGCCCAUGAAGAAGCUCAAGCCCGAAGACGUCAAGGCCGACUUCACCCCUCGUCUCGAGACCGUCGACGUCAAGGCUCCUCCUCCACGACAGGGCGGCGCCAAGGUCGAGUCGGUUGACGAGGUCGUCGCCAAGCUCAAGGAGGCUGGCGUGCUCUAG